AUAGCGCAUGCGCCGGUCGUGCACACUACCCAAUAAGCAUGGCGUCCCCUCGGAGCUCUCUCUUGAGUGCCAAAGUGUUAAUGAAGUUAUUAAAACUACCGUUACGACGUUUUGUUGGCGUUUCAAUUGGACGCUUUCUACAAAGAUGUUCGCUUAAUCCGAGCCAUUGCUCUUAUAGUAGUGGUGCCCCGUCCGGAAGUCAUUUAUUAUACACCGCAGAUCAUUUUGCUUUAAGAGCGUCUCUGAGAAAGAUUAUUGACAAUGAAAUCAAUCAAUUUGUGGACAAAUGGGAAGAAGAGGGACAAUUUCCAGCACACCAAGUUUUUAAAACACUUGGGAACUCUGGAUUUCUUGGAAUAGACAAGCCAACCGAAUAUGGCGGCCUAAAUUUGGAUUUCUCCUAUGUUAUAGCAAUGGCAGAAGAAUUUGGAGCGAUUCGCUGUGGGGCUAUUCCCAUGGCUAUUGGGGUACAGACCAGUAUGGCUACACCAGCUCUUACAAGAUUUGGUACAGAUGAGCUGAAGAAAGAAUUUCUUGCUCCAACAAUAGCUGGAGAUGUUGUGGCUUGCAUAGGAGUAAGUGAAUCUGGGGCAGGUUCAGAUGUUGCAAGCAUCAAGACCAAAGCUGUAAGAAAAGGUGACGACUAUGUGAUAAAUGGUAGCAAAAUGUGGAUCACUUCUGGAAUUCAGGCAGACUGGAUGUGCCUCUUGGCAAACACAAGCGAUGGACCACCCCACAAAAAUAAAUCUCUUCUAUGUCUGCCAAUGAAAUUGCCAGGUAUUCACAUUGCUAAGAAAAUCGAUAAGCUUGGUAUGAGAUCAUCUGACACAGCGGAAAUCUUCUUUGAAAAUGUCAAAAUUCCCAGAAAAUACCUCAUUGGAGAAGAAGGAAUGGGAUUUAAUUACCAGAUGCUGCAGUUCCAAGAAGAACGAAUGAUUGGAGUAGCACUUUCACUGAUGGGUCUAGAAAUCCUGAUAAAAGAAACUAUUGAUUAUACUUCUCAACGGAAAGCAUUUGGCCAGCCAAUACUUCACAAUCAAGUAGUGCAUUUUCGCCUGGCUGAACUAGCCACCGAAGUGGAGCUCCUUCGUGCAUUGCUCCAUGAGGCAGUAGGUCUCUACAUACGCGGUAAUGAAGUGACCAAACUUGCAUCCAUGGCCAAGUUAAAAUGUGGUCGCCUAUGUCGAGAAGUUCCAGAUAGCUGUCUCCAGUUCUGGGGAGGAAUGGGGUACACUAAUGAAGUGCUAGUGAGUAGAAUGUUCAGAGAUUACAGAUUGAUAUCAAUAGGAGGCGGUGCUGAUGAAAUCAUGCUGUCCAUUAUAUGCAAAUACAUGGGUAUCUUGCCCCAAAAGAACCAAACAGGAUAAGCCCUGGAAUUUUAAAAACUAUAGAAGACAAUUAUGGUGGGGAAAAAAAACUUAACCUCAGUCAGCCUAAUUGUAUUCUUUAAAUUGUUUAAAGUUUUAAUGUUAACAACUUUAAUUUUUCAUUUUUCUUUCAUUUUUAUUAUUGUAAGUUGCCUAAAGUAGCCUCAAAGCAAGGCAAACAGCAAAUAAAUUUAAUUAAUAAAUAAUACUGAGAGGAAAUGGGUUGACUGGAAAAAGGAAACAUCCCUAUUGUACGUCCCUAUAUUUUUAAAUCAUAAAUAUGUAUGGUCUAUAUAAGCCUUACUAUUAGCAAAAAAAUCAAAGAUAUUCCUCAGUAUUUUGAUUAUAUAAUAAAAUAGGAUAUAUAUUUUUGUAAUUGAAGCAUUUAUAUGAUUGGAAUAAACUACAAAUCAUGAAUUGUUCUAUUGUAUUUUAAAUAUAUAUUUUGAAAAAUGGAUGGAAAGUAUCACAGCUGUUGAAAUGACCAAUUGUGUUGGUGACUAGAAUCCUCCCUUUAGCACUUUUAAUGGGAUCCUAGCUACAUAGUGACUGGAUUUGCAUUAUCAAACUUCUCAAAACAGAUGCUGAAGAUUCUCAGUGGAGAUUUGGCCAGCAUCUAACUUUCUGGAUGCAAAAGAAGCUUACUACACUUAGAAAAAGCUUAACACAACACUCAUAGUCAUUUUGUUAAUAUGUAGGUCUAUUACAUCUAGCAAGUUAAUAUGUUGAGGGGGGGGGAAUCCACUAUUAUAUCUUCUAAUUCCAAAUCUUAAAUUUGGAGUUGUGUGUUAAAAACAAACUUCUAUGAACCUAGCAAAAACAGUAUAAAGUAUUUAAUAUGGAGAAUUAAAUAUAGACUAAUCCAAAUCAAAUUUGACUAUUGGCAUCUAGUUAGAUCAGUGGUUCCCAAACUUGGCAACUUUAAGACUUGUGGACUUCAACUCCCAGAAUUCUCCAGCCAGCAGUUGGGAGUUGAAGUCCACAAGUUUUAAAGUUGCCAAGUUUGGGAACCACUGGGUUAGAUAAAUCCACUAACUUUUCCUGGAAACAUUUCAGAAUUGGUUUGCCAAGGCCUUCUUUCUAGGGCUGAAAGUUAAUGAUUGGAUUAAAAUCAACCAGCUGCUUACCAUGUGUAAAACAAAGCUAAAAGUCAGAUUCCCCCCACUAUUCCAACACCUUAACCCAGGACUGUCAAACUCCCGGCCCACAGGCCAGAUGUGUCACACGCCGGCCAUGUCCACGCCCGGUUUAGCGAAUGGGGGAAAAGUCCAAUAUGUCAAAUGACGCUGCCAUGACAAUGUGAAUUUGACACCCCUGCCUUAACCACUGAAUUUUAAAAGCUGUGGUGAUACAAUGGUUGAAAUACAGUAUUGCCCACAUUUGAGCCAAGAAUUUGAUCCUAACCAGUUCAAGGCUGACUCAGCCUUUCAUCCUUCCAAGGUUGGUAAAAUGAGGACUGUUGGGGGCCAGUAUGCUAAUAUUUGUAAACCUCUGAGAAAGUAUUGUAUAACACAAUGGAGCGGUAUAUAAGUCUUAAGUACUGUUGCUAUUGCUGUUAAAUUGCAAGGUAAAAGAGAUUUAUUGAAACUUCUGCUGUGAAGAAAUCUUUAUGAACUAGGUAUUCCUUAAACAGACAGAACAUUUUGUUUUUGAAGAAUAAAAACAGGUUCUAUUCUCAUGUUCAAAAUUUAUAUCUCCUCUAGGAAGUUUAUAAAUGUCACCCAUAUUUUAAAUGUCAUAUACGGUCAGAUUUUAUAUUCUGGAAGAUAAUACUCCUGCCAAAUUAAACAGUGACAUUGCUACCAGGGAUAUACCAAUAUCUAAUAAAACAGAUCAUUUAUUUAAUGGGAAUUUAAUAUUUGUGGAUCCCUUUCAUCUUUUAAUUAAAGGGACCUCUAACUCCUAAAUUCCUUAUUUCAACCCCCCCCCCAAAAAAGAAAAGAAAACCCUACCUGUUUCAUUAUUACAUUAGACGAAACCUCAAAC